AUGCUCGAGCUGGGCACCUCUCAUGCUUCGAGUUGGUUGGGCGCCUCUCAUGCCUCGAGUUGGGGACCUUUGAUGCUUCGAGUUGGGCACCUCUCAUGCUUCGACUUGGGCACCUUUGAAGCCUCGAGCUGGGCACCCACCUUUGAUGCCUCGAGUUGGGCACCUCUCAUGCCUCGAGUUGGUCACCUGUCAUGUUUUGAGUUGGGCGCGUUUGAUGCCUCGAGUUGGGCACCUCUCAUGCCUGGAGUUGGGCAUCUAGCAUGCCUCGAGUUAUUGGGUUUCCUUGAUGCCUCGAGUUGGACACCUCUGAUGCCUGGAGUUGGUUUCCUGCCCGCAGUUGGGCACCUGAUGCAUCAAUCUAUACUUCUUUUUAGCCUUGAGUUGGGCACCUCUGAUGCCUCUGGAGUUGCUUUCCUCUCCAGUUGGGCACCUUCGAUGCUUCCACUUCCACUUCUGCACCUCGAGUUGGGCACCUGUCCUGCCUCCAGUUGGGCAUCGUUGAUGCCUGGAGUUGGGCAUCUCUCAUGCCUCGAGUUGGGCGCCUCUCAUGCCUCGAGUUGGGGACCUUUGAUGCUUCGAGUUGGGCACCUCUCAUGCUUGGACUUGGGCACCUUUGAAGCCUCGAGCUGGGCACCCGCCUUUGAUGCCUCGAGUUGGGCACCUCUCAUGCCUCGAGUUGGUCACCUAUCAUGUUUUGAGUUGGGCGCGUUUGAUGCCUCGAGUUGUGCACCUCUCAUGCCUGGAGUUGGGGAUCUAGCAUGCCUCGAGUUAUUGGGUUUCCUUGAUGCCUCGAGUUGGACACCUCUGAUGCCUGGAGUUGGUUUCCUGCCCGCAGUUGGGCACCUGAUGCAUCAAUCUAUACUUCUUUUUAGCCUUGAGUUGGGCACCUCUGAUGCCUCUGGAGUUGCUUUCCUCUCCAGUUGGGCACCUUCGAUGCUUCCACUUCCACUUCGGCACCUCGAGUUGGGCAUCUGUCCUGCCUCCAGUUGGGCAUCGUUGAUGCCUGGAGUUGGGCAUCUCUCAUGCCUCGAGUUGGGCGCCUCUCAUGCCUCGAGUUGGGGACCUUUGAUGCUUCGAGUUGGGCACCUCUCAUGCUUCGACUUGGGCGCCUUUGAAGCCUCGAGCUGGGCACCCACCUUUGAUGCCUCGAGUUGGGCACCUCUCAUGCCUCGAGUUGGUCACCUGUCAUGUUUUGAGUUGGGCGCGUUUGAUGCCUCGAGUUGGGCACCUCUCAUGCCUGGAGUUGGGCAUCUAGCAUGCCUCGAGUUGGGUUUCCUUGAUGCCUCGAGUUGGACACCUCUGAUGCCUGGAGUUGGUUUCCUGCCCGCAGUUGGGCACCUGAUGCAUCAAUCUAUACUUCUUUUUAGCCUUGAGUUGGGCACCUCUGAUGCCUCUGGAGUUGCUUUCCUCUCCAGUGUAACCAGUGUCACCACCCGGUCUGCCCAGCGCCUUGCCGCUCCAGCUGUCACCGCGCCCCCAUACCGGAGGAUCAAGGAGCCUUCCGAAAAGCUUGCAGCACUGACGCUGCACUGA